UUCAAGAUUGUGGAGUAGGGUUGGUAGGCAUAGCCUUCUGGUAUAUUUCUUUUUAAAGAGGUGACUACCAACUUGGAAUUGGUUAAUGUUGAAGUAUUUGAGCCUUCAAGGGGAUUCUUAUUUGAUAUAUAAGAGAUGGUGUGGACCGAACUGGCCAUUAUUGGAAUUUUUUAGGCAUGGAGCAAUAACUGCGGAUUUGAUACUUGAUCCUAGAUUAGGUCUUCUAGAAGAAGGAUUUCUUAUGUAAAUGAAAUAAUUGUGUUUUUAGUUGUUUCUGUUGUGCUCCUUUCUUGUUGCUAAUCAAUGGGGAUCCUUGAGAUUCAUCUUAUGGAGGUUUAGGGUAGAUCACCUACACUAUUCACCCUAGUAGUUGACGUGUUGAAUAGGAGGUAGCUCAAGGUUUAGAUUGCAUAAAAUGAUAGGUAGGGACAGUGAGAAAACAGUUUUUAAAAAAACCAACUGAUAGGGUUGUUUCUGACAUUGCAGCUUUUCCAUUUCUUGUUCAUAUAGAGUUGUGGUCCCUUGUGGAAUAUUUUAUUUCUGAAAUUUCCCAUUUGUAUAAACUUUCCUGCAUGUGUUUAAUCUUCAAAUACCUGUUAUAGGUUAUUUGUUUGCCAUACAAUUUGUCACCUAUAGCUCGACAUAAGACUCAGACUCACAGAGGCCAUUCUAACAACUCAAGAGUAGACAUGCUUCAUCAUGUCACUUUCUUUCCUCAUUAUAUCUAAUCUUGUUCCCACCCUCUUUCUCCCUAUGCUCUCCUCUCUUCUGUAAAGAUGGAAGGAAAUCUUUUCUGUCAUUUAAGAAACUCAAUGAUCGGGUAUUCGUUAGGAAUUUUGGAUUAAGGAGCGUAUCCGAGCAACAGCUUGAUGAACGGUGGGGUCAGUGGUAAUGGCAUAAUGGUUUCAUGGCACUCCUGUCUUUUCUACUGACAAGUGGAGUAGAUUGGUAGAUUAUAAGCGAUUUGGUAAUUUUAAAGGGAUAUUUUGCAAUUAUGGUUCUUGUGAAGAGAUAAUAGGGCUUUGAUCAUUGUUCUAGGGGAGCAGUCGGUUGAUACGUGGGCAGAGUUUAAGUGGCACUUGGUAGGGUGUUGGGUGCAGUGACGGCUAAUCGUGGUAAGAUUGGUGAGUUCUCAUUUUAUUGGAUUCUGUACCUAAUUACAUGCUUGUGGUUGCAAACCAUGCCUAACUUCAAAGGAUGUGGGUGACGAGGUGUUUGGAGGGCAAAAUCUUUGUGGGUGCUCUGUAGAUUUAGCCAUUUAGGUACAGAGGACUGUUGAGAUGACAUGUGAGGCAGGCAGGCAGCGAAGACAGGGGUGCUUGAGCGGUGUGUAUGAUCUAGAGAAUGGAGGCACUUGACUUGAUGUGCAUUGGACACACCAUUCUAUGUCCCCAAGUAAUGCAAUUUAAGUGUUUUAGUUGAUCUAGUGAAUGAUAGGGGUAAAUUUAUGGUUUCAGGAGGCCUAAGGGUCUUAGACUCUUAGCUUACUGUUUCUUUGGUCGUCCUUGGAAUCUUGUUAGGCAGGGUUUGAUGCAAAGGUGAUCCACAGGUUACGGAUAAUAUUGGUAUGAGUGUUAAGGAUGGUUUCUUGAUUAUUGCGGGCCUUGGAGUCGGAAAGGAUUCUUCUUCGGGCAGCUCUUUUAAUUCCGUUUCAAUGAGAAACGUGCAUGUUUCAUUUUAUAGAAGUGGUUAUCAGGUACGUAUUUUAUAACUAUGCUGUAGAUGAUGGUGGGUCUGAUUAUAGUCAUGAAAGUAAUGCUUUGUUGCUGUGUGAAUGAUCUACUAAUGAUGAUCUACACUUGGAGAAGCGUACGGCUGCUACUUAAGUGGAAUGUUUUCGGUGGUAUUUCCUUUGUUGUAAUUUGUAAGGAGGCUAACGAACUUGCAUAGGAUAUUCUUUGUAAAAUGGGACUGAGUGCAAGCAGCUGAAGAAUGGUUCAUGUGUUCAAAACACAAAGGCCUCUGUCCAGAGUUUAUUCUUGUGUGAAAUGGAAAUAAGAAAUCAUGAAAUCUGUAGAUUAUGAAGAGGGACGACCUUUAUAAUGAGUUAUUGAGUUCCUUAUAGGUUUUUAUUUUGUGUCGUUUUCUUAGGCUGGCUAUUGUGAGGACUCGUCUUAUGGUUGAAGUUCUGAUUUCUUGCCUUACUAAAGUAUUUAUAUUCAUCUUAGAAAAAGAUCAACAAUCAGCCUUAGUGAAACCUGAUGGUUUCUCCCGAUUUCUCGUGUUUGAAUUCCAGAAUUACCUUUUGGUUGUUUUUUGUCAAACUUUUUAUUUUGUCUCGUCUUUUAACCCAGUGAACAGUUGAGCAUAGCUACUAUACUGUAAUUUUGUUUUUCUUAUCAGAGAGCAGCUUGUCCUCAUUGUCUGUACAUGUUUUUUUCCUACUGUUAAUAUAAUACUUUUUACUUGUAAAAAUAAUAAUUGGAGGUUGAUAAGGUACCCUUUCUCCUCAGGGUAUGGUAAGGAUAAAUGACCAUUUAAUGAGCUUGUACUUCGGUGUAUGCACUUAAUUCUACAGAUUGGUCAUAUGAGGCUGGGGAAAUUCUUUAUGGCACAAACUCAAUCAAGAGUAAAUAUGGUAUUCAGGGAAAUGGUAGGGAUGCCUAGUCUGGAGUGUUCAUAACUCAUUCAAGAGAGAGCUAUUAGAUGCACUUUUUGGCUUUAGUUUUAUUGCAUUAGUCCUUUUUUAACUUUUUUGGCUGUAUGCUAGAGAAAUAGGUUCAGAUGUAGGCUAAGAUGCUCGGACUCACCCCAUCAACCCAGCUGUACCGGUGUCGACACGACGCGGUUGCGGACAUGGAAUCUGGAUCGGACUUGCCAUGAGGAAAAUGGACUCGUCUUUUAGGGUUUUGAAAACCCUGAUCUGAAAAUAUAGGCCUCAAAUCAGGGACAUGGAGACCGAGAACUUAGGGCUUUUGGUCACCUGAGAAAUGUGAGCCCACUAGAAUAUUCGCAGGCUGGUUUCAAUGCUCUUGUAUGUUGCAGAGAGACUCCAUGGAAGUCGAUAACUUUAGGUUUUUUAAUUUUUAAAAUAAGUGAGGUGUGGGACGACUGUCAGCUACCAUCUCAAUUAAAAAUAAUAACAUGGGGAAAGAAGCUUCUAUUAGCUUUAGUAGUUCUAGUUGGCACUGGUGAAGCCUUUUUGGUGAAACAAAGUCAAGGUCUAGCGCUUUGAACUUUGAAAUGCGGAUUUGUGAUUGGUGGCAAAUUCGUUUCGGGAAGAAUUGUUGUAACAUAUAAUCUUGGAGAAGAUUGUCCAGUUUUUGACAAUUUGUUCGAAUUUUGCCAAAUUUAUGCUGGUGGAACGAUUGGUUGAACAAUAAACUUUGUGACAUUGCUAUAAAUUGGGCGGGUGGAUUGCAUCAUGCGAAGAAAUGUGAGGCUUCUGGAUUUUGUUACAUCAAUGACUUGGUUUUGGGGAUAUUGGAGCUUUUGAAGUAUCAUGCUCGUGUUCUGUACAUUGAUAUUGAUGUACAUCAUGGCGAUGGUGUUGAAGAGGCAUUCUAUUUCACUGAUAGAGUGAUGACUGUCAGUUUCCAUAAAUAUGGAGAUCUCUUCUUUCCUGGAACAGGAGAUGUCAAGGAAAAUGGAGAGAGGGAAGGGAAAAACUAUGCCAUAAAUGUUCCUCUAAAAAAUGGUAUUGAUGACGCUAGCUAUACGAGACUGUUCAAGGCGAUUAUUUCCAAGGUCGUCGAGUUUUAUCAGCCUGGAGUAAUUGUUCUGCAAUGCGGAGCUGAUUCACUUUCUGGUGACCGAUUAGGCUGCUUCAACCUUUCUAUUGAUGGGCAUGCAGAGUGCGUUAGGUUUGUGAAGAAAUUUAAUCUUCCCUUGCUGGUUACUGGAGGAGGUGGCUACACAAAAGAGAAUGUUGCUCGAUGCUGGACUGUUGAAACAGGAGUUCUUUUAGAUACAGAUCUACCAAAUGAGAUUCCAGAGAACGAGUAUAUCAAAUACUUCGGACCAGAUUAUUCCUUGAGGAUUCCAAAUGGACUAAUAGAGAACAUGAACAGUAAAUCAUACUUGACAACAAUCAAGAUGCAAGUUCUGGAAAAUCUCCGGUGUAUCCAACAUGCACCAAGUGUACAGAUGCAGGAGGUCCCCCCUGAUUUUUAUAUCCCUGACUUUGAUGGAGAUGAGAAUCCUGAUGAACGCAUUAAUCAGCACACACAGGAUAAGCUAAUCCAGAGAGAUGAUGAGUAUUACGAGGGUGACCAUGACAAUGAUCACCACAUGGACGAUGUAUAGGAUGAUCCCGAGGGAAGACUUAGCUUUACAUUCUUUUGGAGUGAAUUAGUGCUGAUAUUGUGAAUGUAUAUAAUUGGGUUUUAGCUUAGCGUAUACCUGUUCAUGUAAUAGGUAAUUUCAGUAAGCAUCUGAGUCGGCUUCUUUAAACUCAGGUAUCUGGUCCUGGUGUAAAAUUGAAAGAAAAUCGUAUUUUACUUAUAGAAGCAAACAUUUUGUUUUUUGUGGAUA